AUCCGCAAGGCUCCGAGCAAGCACAUACUGGGAAUAAAGCCAUGUCUUUAAAGACGUGAUCUCUGAGCUCGUUGUUUACUUGAACCGAAAAUGUGGUGUGACAGCAUAAUACUAGAGGAUAUAAGCACAGUAACCUUCUCGUUUUGAAAUGAUACGUUCUUUUCAAGGAGAAUAGCUGGACCGUGGCUCAUGCGCCUUGGGGACGACGUUGUCCGUAAGCCGAUAAAGAAAAAGAAAAUCAAGCUAUUUAUAUCCUGCCUGUCCAGGCACAACGACCCUCUGGCACCAUGACAAGCGGACAGGAUGAAAGUACUGUGCGAGUUGCCCUGAGGAUUCGUCCCCAGCUGGCGAAAGAGAAGAUCGAGGGAUGUCACAUCUGCACGUACGUGAUGCCUGGCGAGCCCCAGGUGAUUCUGGGUAAAGACAAGUCCUUCACGUACGACUAUGUGUUCGACAUGGACUCCCAGCAGAACAGCAUCUACGCCGAUUGCACCGAGAAGCUCAUCGAGGGCUGCUUCGAAGGAUACAAUGCCACCAUUUUCGCCUACGGCCAGGUUAGAACACGGAAGACGUACACCAUGGGCACAGGUUUGACGUGAGCGUUGGUGAGGAUGAGCUGGGGCAUCAUCCCGCGGGCGGUCAGCCACCUGUUCCGGGGCAUUGAGGAGCGCAAGCAGGCGGCCUCGGAGCAGGGCAGACCAGUGCCCGAGUUCAAAAUCAACGCCCAGUUCCUGGAGCUCUACAACGAGGAGGUGCUGGACCUGUUCGACUCCACCAGAGACAUGGAGGCCAGGAAGCAGAAGUCCCACGUCAAGAUCCACGAGGACGCGACUGGAGGCAUCUACACUGUGGGGGUCACCACCCGCACCAUCGCCUCAGAGGCCGAGAUGAUGCAGUGUCUGAAGCUGGGCGCUCUGUGUCGUUCGACAGCCAGCACUCAGAUGAACGCCCAGAGCUCCCGCUCCCACGCCAUCUUUACCAUCCACCUGUGCCAAGUCCGCGUCUGCGCACCCGACAACGACAACGAGACAGACAACCGCCUGGCCAACGGCUCGUCAGAGAUGAACGAGUUUGAGACGCUGACGGCUAAGUUCCACUUUGUGGACCUGGCAGGUUCUGAGAGGCUGAAGAGGACUGGGGCCACAGGGGACCGAGCCAAGGAGGGCAUUUCCAUCAACUGUGGACUGCUCGCCCUGGGGAACGUGAUCAGUGCUCUGGGAGAUAGGAGCAAGAGGUCGAGCCACGUGCCCUACAGAGACUCCAAACUCACCCGGCUGUUACAGGACUCCCUGGGAGGAAACAGCCAAACGGUGAUGAUAGCAUGUAUCAGCCCGUCUGACCGUGACUUCAUGGAGACCUUGAACUCCCUGAAGUACGCUAACCGAGCCAGGAACAUCAAGAACAAGGUGAUAGUGAACCAGGACAAGGCCAGCCAGCAGAUCAGCGCCCUGCGCACUGAGAUAGCCCGGCUGCAGAUGGAGCUGAUGGAGUACAGGACGGGCAAGCGUACGAUGGGUGAGGAUGGCAUGGAGGGCAUGAACGACCUGGUCCAGGAGAACUCCAUGCUGCAGACGGAGAACAGCAACCUGAGGGUGAGGGUGAAGGCCAUGCAGGAGACCAUCGACGCCCAGAGAGCCAGGCUCACACAGAUGGUGUCUGACCAGGUCAACCAGACCCUGGCCAGGGCAGGUGAGGGCAAUGAGGAAAUUGGGAACAUGAUUCAGAACUACAUCAAAGAGAUUGAGGAGCUCAGAGCCAAGCUGUUGGAGAGCGAGGCGGUCAACGAGGGCCUUCGGAAGAACCUCUCCCGCGCCUCCACGCGCUCCUCCCUUUACGGAGGCCCCGCCCUCCUCGCCCCAGAGAGGGAGGCCAACGACGUCAUCGAACUUGCCAAGAAAGACCUGGAGAAACUCAAGAAGAAAGAGAGGAAGAAGAAAAAGAGACUGCUGCUUUUGGAUAGAAGCCACCAGGAGGAGUUUAAACCUGCCAGUGUGAUCAAGGAGGUCCCAGACAACGAGCAGGAGAGAGGCAGUGAGGAGCCGGAGGCGGAGACUAGUGACCAUGAGGAAGGAGACGAGGCAGAGGCAGAGGCAGAGGAAGAGGACUAUGAGAUGGAGGCAGAGGACAGUUCCGACGAGUCGGACUCUGAACUGGAUGAGAAAGAGAACUUCCAGGCGGACCUGGCCAACAUCACGUGUGAGAUUGCCAUCAAGCAGAAGCUGAUUGACGAGCUGGAGAACAGUCAGCGUCGCCUGCACACGCUCAAACAGCAGUACGAGCAGAAGCUGAUGAUGCUGCACAGCAAGAUCAGAGACACCCAGCUGGAGAGGGACAGGGUGCUGCACAACAUGGGCUCUGUGGAGACCUGCACGGAGGAGAAGGCUAAGAGGAUCAAGGCGGAGUACGAGAAGAAGCUGAGCUCCAUGAACAAGGAGAUGCAGAAGCUGCAGUCGGCGCAGAAGGAGCACGGGCGCCUGCUGAAGAACCAGUCGCAGUACGAGAAGCAGCUGAAGAAACUGCAGCAGGACGUGACGGAGAUGAAGAAGACCAAGGUGGGUCUGAUGCGUCAGAUGAAGGAGCAGCAGGAGAAGAGCAGGAUGUCAGAGUGCCGGAGGAACAGGGAGAUCGCCUCUCUGAAGAAGGACCAGCGCAGGCAGGAGCACCAGCUCAGACAGAUGGAGGCUCAGAGGAGGCAGCAGGAGCUCAUCCUGAGGAGGAAGACUGAGGAGGUGACUGCUCUGAGACGCCAGGCCAGGCCGGCCUCAGGGAAGGUGAGCAGGAAGGUGAGCCUGCCAGAGCCCCUCCAGGAGCUCUCCCACCGCCCCUCCCCUACCCUGGGGAGGCUCCACCCUGCUGGGAUCACGGCCCCCAACGGCACCAGCAGGAAGUCUCCAGUGAGGAUGGGCAGUGCCUACUCCACCAGGACAGCCCGGGCCAAGUGGCAGUCUCUGGAGCGCCGCGUCAUCGACAUCAUCAUGCAGAGGAUGACCAUCUCCAACAUGGAGGCCGACAUGAACCGUCUCCUCAAGCAACGUGAGGACCUGACCAGGCGCAGGGAGAAGGUCUCCAGGAGGAGGGAGAAGCUGGCCACGGAGGGGGCCGAUGCUGACCGGACCCUGGGCUCUCUGAACGAGGAGCUGGAGUCUCUGAGCGCCAACAUCGACUACAUCAACGACAACAUCGCAGAGUGCCAGGCCAACAUCAUGCAGAUGGAGGAGGCCAAGGAGGAAGGUGACACGGUGGACAUCAUUGCGGUGAUCAGCUCAUGUAACCUAUCCGAGGCUCGCUUCCUCCUGGACCAUUUCAUCUCCAUGGCAAUCAACAAGGGUCUCCAGGCUGCUCAGAAGGAGUCUCAGGUGAAGGUGAUGGAGGGCAGACUGAAGCAGACAGAGAUCAACAGCGCCACCCAGAACCAGCUGCUGUUCCACAUGCUGAAGGAGAAGGCUGAGCUGAACCCUGAGCUGGACGCUCUGCUGGGGAACGCUCUGCAAGAGCUAGGUAACCUAGCAGUGGAAAACGGAGAUGAAAGCAGUGGUGAUGACUCCACACCCAGUCCUGCUGCUGACGGAAGCUCGCUGGCGUCUGACCUGAUGAAGCUGUGUGGAGAGUCCAGGCCCAGGAGCAAGGCCCGCAGGCGGACCACCACUCAGAUGGAGCUGCUGUACGCCAGCUCAGGGGAGCCCUCCUGCGACUCCCCCACAGGGGACUUCUCCUCCCCUCUGCCGGCCCUGGGGCUGGGGGGGAGUCAGGAUGGGGGAGGGGAGAUGGGGGCCGCGGCCGGACUCCCCCUUGACAGGGACAUCACUGUCUCCCCCUCGGCCCAGUCUGCCAGGAUAGCUGGCCUGUCUGGAGCCAGGUCUCCCACAGGUUCUGAGAAGAGGUCUCUGGAGCGUUCCCCUCUGACCCGCAGAAGGAUGCUGGAGAGGGGACACACGCCCACACACACCCUCACGCCCCCCUCACACACGCCCGCCAUCUCGCCCACACCUCCCCCUUCACACACUGUCCUGGAGGCCAAGGCCAAAGGCUCGGACACCAAACCACUAUUGGACGAGUCUCCAGUAUUCGAAGGUCACAGGGGGGUGAUCAACCCAGUGUCGGCCCCCAGGGGCAGCCGGGCAGCCAGGCUGCAGUGUGUCCACGUGGCUGAGGGCCACACCAAACCUGUCCUCUGUGUGGACGCCACGGACGACCUGCUCUUCACCGGCUCUAAAGACCGUACGUGUAAGGUGUGGAACCUGGUGACCGGGCAGGAGAUCAUGUCUCUGGGUGAACACCCCAGCAGUGUGUUGUCAGUCCGCUACUGUUCCAGCCUCGUGUUCACCGUCUCCACCGCCUACAUCAAGGUCUGGGACAUCAGAGACUCAGCCAAGUGUAUACGCACACUCACGUCUUCAGGCCAGGUGUCCACAGGGGGCAGCUGUGCGUCUCUGAAGUCCCUGACGAUCCCCCCAGGAGAGAACCAGAUCAACCAGAUCUCUCUGAACCCCACGGGGUCCUUCCUGUACGCAGCCUCGGGGAACUCUGUCCGCAUGUGGGACCUGAGGAAGUUUGUGUCGACGGGGAAGCUGACCGGCCACCUGGGUGCGGUCAUGUGCCUCACGGUGGACCAGAUGGGGAACGGUCAGGAUGUGGUCUUCACAGGCUCCAAGGACCACCACAUCAAGAUGUUCGAGGUGGCUGAGGGGGCCCAGGGCAGCGUGACGUCCUGCCACAGCUUCGAGCCUGCCCACCAGGAGGGCCUGGAGGGCCUGCUGGUGCAGGGAGACAGCCUGUACACCGGCUCCAGAGACGCCUGCAUCAAGAGAUGGGACCUGACCAGCAAACGCCUGCUGCAGCAGGUGUCGGGCGCCCAUGCAGACUGGGUGAGUGCUCUGGGGGUGGUGCCUGGCAACCCAGUGCUGCUCAGUGCCUGCAGAGGGGGGCUGCUGCGUCUCUGGAACGCUGACUCUCUGGCACCCCUAGGGGAGGUGAGGGGACACGACAGCCCCAUCAACGGUUUGGCUACCAACAGCAGCCAUGUCUUCACAGCGUCAGAUGACCGGACAGUGAAGAUUUGGCAGGCCUAAGGUGCACAGAAGGAAGAUGGUCCACUGAUAGAACUGGACUCCGGGAGAAGACCAGAACUAGGAACUAGCACUUUCCACUACAGACAACCAGACCUGCAAUCUCCAGCACUGUGAUCGCUCAGCGACUGAUUCCUUAUUCCCUCUCAGCCUAACCAACUCUCGGCUGUGAUUGGACAUGACUCGAUAACAAACUCACUCUGCACAUGCUCAGUAGAGCAAGUCCCCGUCUCCCAAAUGAGAUGCGAGGUGAUAGGUGAAGGCAUAUUGUGUCCAUUACUUCAUUUGGACUGGAAAUGUCAAUCAGAUACCAGGCGGGCUGGUACACAUCUCAAGCAGGGUGAUCUCAGAAUCCCUCUGCCUAACCACCAGCAAGACAUUCAUACUGACGGUCUCGACAACCCACAAUCCCUAGAAUCCAUAUUCUGCCGGCUGUGUGUUCAGAUGUAUCUGUUGUGGUGAAGGAUAAAGACUGAAGGACUGUGACUCACAACACAGUUACUGCUAAACAUUGGGAGAAGAGGCAAGCUUUGCAACAGACAACAUUUCCCUUUGUCAAGAGCCCACAAUACGACAUGAACACAUACACACACAUUCACACGUACCUCUGUGGUUCUUGGUGUGGUGUGAGUGGGUCUCACUACAUUCAGUCUCCUCUGCUGUAGACACAUAGACGUCAUCUUGUCCCACCAUGAAGGAACACAACUCCUGUCAGGCCGUAUCAACGAGAAUGUGGGUCAUGUCACGUGGUUUACGAUAUCUGUUAUCUUCUCCAGUUUGAUUUGAUUUGAACACUGUGAUACCUGUCCCUUCCGUAGAACAUUCUGUGUGGCCAAAGGGCUGUUUUCCUGUCCAAUACGCAAAAAAAUAUUACGAGUCGUUAAUCUGUUCCUGUUGUACUUCUGAAGUAUACCUCCUCUGUGGUCUUACUCAAAUCAUGAAAAACGGGAACUGUUUUUUAUCGUUUUUGUUCUGUGUAAAAUGUUUAUUUAUUUAGGUUACAUAUUGACAACUUCUUCCGUUCCAACGCUUCCAAAGUUCCAAUCUUCCGUUUCCAACUGUCCUUCUGUCUGAACCCUUUUUGAGAACAUUGUUGGAAGUCUGGAUUGAGUGCACUUUGGCCUGCACAAUAUGGAUUGUUUUCCAUAAAGCUGUGUGUGUGUGUGUGUUUGUGUGGGAGUGUGUAUUACCAGUGCCUGUAAAUCAUCUCAUACUGUAGAUAGAGAGCAGAAGCACUUCCUGAGCAGUAUGGACUAGACCCAAGUAUUCCAAUAAUGGGAUUUUUAAUUGGGGUUCUUGACCACAGCUUUAUGUAAAUAAUAUAUUGUAAGCAAAUUCUGACUUUGUAGUUCAUUCCCAUCAGAUGCAGUGUGAGAAUAAAUGUAAUUUG